GGUAGUUUGUUUGCGUCCGGUGGAGAGGCAGGUUGUGUUGACGUCCUCUGCGACACCUAUUCACUCAUGUUCUUUAAGAAAUGGUGAAAUAACAAUGACACGAGGGAAAAUGUAGUGAUUUACGAGACUUCAGAAUGUUCUCACGCUAGGACAAGCCUAAAUAACAUACUGAUUAGUGAACACAUCUUUUCACGUUAAAAUACCGCAGACAUUAUUGGUAUUGACGAGUGAUUUAAAACCACCUUUACAGUGACAGUCGUGUGUGUGUGUUAUGACCUGAAAUAAAAAGGCAACAAAAAUCACCUGCGGGUUAGUUGUCAAUAAUAACCAUAACUUGAUUGACAGUACACAAAUUCGAGGAAGGAUUUGGUGUGGGGAGUGAGAACACAACGCUGCAUCAUUAACUACUGUGACAACAUCAUAAUGGGCCCCACACCGAGAUUUGGACCGCCUACGGGCGCUGUCGCCUCUCUCUCAGCGCUGCCGUCGCUCCCCCACCAUGAAUUCACGCACACCUUUAAUACUCACUCCCAGGGGAGGAGGGAGCAGUAGUACCAGUGGUGGAUUUGGUACCUCUGUCAGUCAGGUCCACACUUCCAAAAGUCCGGGCACAAAGUCGUUACGUGGCCCCAUUAUUCCUGUCUCGUCGGUCCAACCUGUUCGGUCACUUCGAAGCAAUUCUUCAAGACCAACGAGAGUCAACACUGCUGUCAACGCAUCUCCGCGAAAAGCCUCAGCUCCUGGUAAACUGAUCAGUGUUCUAGGUGGGAGUCUUGACAACCUUCCCAGUACUGUAUCCGUCAGAAGAAAGACCUCGGCACCAGCCAAGUCUGUAGCCUCUUCAUCUAAUGCCAAAAAGUCAUCAGUGAUCAUUAACUCCAGAUCAAGAAAGACACCAUCAUCCCUCUCCUCCAGUACUAGUAAUUCUCGGAUGUCCAAGGACCACGGUGGGUCUAGCAGCCACCACGGUUCCAAGGGCGCCGCCAACACUGCUGCCGGCGAUAAGGUUAAGGACCACGCCCUCAAGGAUCACCAGAAGGGCUCCUCCUCCUCCUCGUCGUCGUCCAAGAAGUCGUCGACCUCGUCCUCGGCCACUCCUGACAUGCAACCUCUCCCCACGCUGAAGGAGGAGAAGAAGCAACAGUCAAGUAGCAAAUCACACAGCAAGAAGAUGGAAGCCAAAGGGAAGGAAAACAUGGGCGCUGCUUCUGCCAUUACUCCUCUACCGCCGGCCCGAACCAUGGUGCCUCCCCAGCCCACCCAGCCACCAGACCACCCUCAGCCCACCUCGCCCACCUCCUCCACCUCCAGCGUCGUGUCUUUCCCGGAGAAGGCGCAGCUGGAGAAGACCGUAUCCGACCUGGUGAAGAAUGCCGAGUACAAGAAGCAGGAGAUCGCCGCCCUCAAGAUGGAAAUCAACAGACUUAAGGAGUCAGCCAGGGAGCGGGAACACUCCAAUGAUGAGGAGAACACAAAGAAUUCAGGCAAAACUGAAGCAGCCGCCAGCAGUGCCACUACUACUGCUCCUCCCGCCUCCAGUAGCCAGGAGUUGCCCCCCAACGUCAGGAGUACACUCCAGAUUCUCUCAUCAGAGAACAAACUGCUACGGGAGAGGCUGCUCCAGCUGGGGGUGUCCCUCGACUCCUCUCCGCUCUCAGACCAACAGAAGGAACUGCUCUUCAGUAAAGUCUGCUCUGUCUCUCAGAAUGGAGGUGAAGAUCCAUCCUCGUGUGGUGACCGGGGAGAAUGGGACAACAAAUCCACCUCCAGCGUGUCGGAGAUGUCGGUGGCUUGCCUGCAAGACCGCAUUCAACAGAUGGAAGAAACUCACUACUGCACAAACGAGGAGCUUCAGGCUACUUUACAAGAGCUGGAUGACCUCCGAGAGCAGCUGUCUGAGUGUCACCUGGAAGUGCAGCAACUACAGGAAGAGAAGCAGGUUUUACUAGAAUCUCUGACACAACAAACAGAGAAGCUAAAUGAAUCUCGGUCUCACAACGACACUCUUAAACACAUGUUGAUCCAGCAGUCUGAGAAUAGUCAAGAUCUGUCCCAGUGUGAAAAGACUCAACGGCUCAUGGAACUACUCAAGAGUGCACAGGAAGACCGUGAACUACUGCAGAUAAAACAGGAAGAACUGGAACAACAAAUUGCUACCACAAAGGAAGCAGAGGAGCGAUGCCAUCGUGACUCUCAGCUCAUCAGAGACAGAAUGAAGCUCUUGGAGUCUAUGGUUGAGGCUGCUAAUAGUGAUAAGAAGGCAACCGAGAGCCAGUUAGCUGAGGCCCUUGAGGCCACUAAGGCCACUGAGAUAGAAACAACAAGACUGAAGACAGCCCUGGACAGUGCUAAAGAAAAGAUAACAGAGUUAGAGGCAGCAGUAAUAUCUGGGGAGAAGAGUAAACUACCAGAUGUGUUGGAGAGAGUGAGACAAGAGAAGGACUCCCUGGAGAAAGAAAAUGCUUCACUUCAGCAGAAAGCCAACGCCAUGGCUUGUGAGAAUGAGAGACUCAAAGAUCAGAUAUCCACACUACAGGACGAUCUAAUGGUAGGAUGUGUGGAACAGAGUGCUACUGUGGAACUUCCAGAACUUAACAUCAAUCAGGUGGCCCGAAACAAUGCUCGCAGUCAGCUGGAGGAUGCCGACUGGAAGAAGACCCAGUUAGAGAAGGAAUGCCACCAUCUACAGGAUGAGGUGGAAGUCAUGAGAGCCACAGUCGAAGACCUCAAACUGGCAUGUCAGCACCACCUCGAGGACAAACGAGACCUGAAGGCCAACCUAUCGGAGGCUCAGAAGAAACUUAACGAGGCCACCGAUAAGCUGUCUGAAAAGGAUCGUUGCAUCAGUGAAGAAAAGGCACACUUCAAUAAACAGGUGGAGGAAUGGGAGCAGUUCCAGAGUGACUUGCUGAUGACAGUUCGUGUUGCAAAUGACUUCAAAACCGAGGCACAACACGACUUGGAGCGCCUGACCCAAGAAAAUGCCAUGUUGAGAGAUAGACUUAAACAACUGGGGCAAGACCUCGAGAAAGCCAAGGCGGUGAAAGUGUGCAGCCCAGUGAGUAAUAGCAGUAAUACUGCCUUGAACAACGGCAGCAGCGAACGCCGUGCUGUACGUGCUGUACCCUCAUCCCUGCCUAAUGGUGAUCCUAGCAUCCUUACCGACCGCCGUAACCCUCGUCCCCUGGCUCGAGGAGAUUCCAGGGUUAAAUCACUUAUUGGUGAGCAUUUACCUGCUGCUGGCAAGUUUCCCCCUGAAUCUAUAGAGAGUGCAACACGACAGACACGCGCAGGCUCCCGAAGCUCCUCCACGUCAAGUUUGUGUAGUACGAGCAGUGAAAGUAACAUCAACAAUAACAAUAAGACUUCCACUCCGAUCCUCAAGCGAGCAGACACGGAAUGUGUGAUCCGUGGUGUGUCUUCAUCGCCACUGAAGGACGCAGGAAACACCCUCGGUUCUUCGUCGGCAUCUUCGCCGCGAAGGGCCAUCCAACGGAAUUCUUUCACCGAGGGCAUCACUCAGUCGUCACUCAACCAGUCGACCUUCUCCAAACCAAACCCCGGCUCUUCUAACCUCUCCGACAACGUUAAAAUGUCGCAACUGACCGAUAAAAGCUCGGGCAAAAUUUCUAAUCUCGGUUCUGGGGAAAAUAAUGUCUCAAAACCCAUUUCCAUCUUGAGCAGUAAACUCGACCAUUCCAUGAGACGUAAUAGUUACGGACAGAUCAGUGCCGUGGUGGAUAAGAAAGACCCAUUGGCAUCUCUAGCGCAAAGCGGAGGUUCAAAGAGAAAUGCUCUACUCAAAUGGUGUCAGAACAAGACUUUGGGCUACAUCAACGUGGAUAUUACCAAUUUCAGCUCCAGUUGGAAUGAUGGUCUUGCUCUGUGUGCCAUCUUGGACACAUACCUUCCAGAUAAGAUAAACUACAAAUAUCUUAAACCUCAAAAUAAGAGACAGAAUUUCCAAGUUGCAAUAUCGGCCGCCGAAUCAGUCGGCAUACCUAAUUUACUGGAUGUAGACGACAUGAUCACAUCGGAACGUCCAAAUUGGCAGACAGUCUAUAACUACGUCACGUCCAUCUUCUGUCAUUUUGAGACAUGAGUGUAAAGGAACCACGACUCAUAAAUCGGCGUUUGACCGCACUCCACGCGGUCACUCAAACGCGCUAGCAUUAAAACAUUACGGCGAGAUUAUUGCGGCCUUCUCCAAACAUGACAUUAGAUCAUAUUUUUUUAUUCUCAUUUAAAAGUAAAAAAUAUAUAUAUAUAUAUAUAUAGAUAUAUAAAUAAAUAUAUAAGUUUGGCUGUAUAAACUGAACUUCCUCUCUUCUUUUGCAGUGGUGAAAAGUGCCUUUUGUCAUAUACUUUUUACUUUGAGUGUUAUAUAUAGUUUUAUUCAUCAUCCCUUGUAUCACACAUAAUGGUCUGAUCUUUAUUGGCACUACACUUGUUUCUCUUUCCUCAAGAAUCACAAAUGUCUAUAUUUAAAUAAGGAAUCAAUCUGUCUAGUCUGAAUUUUUGCUUUGCGGAAAAGACGAGUAAAAUUCUCGUUAUUUUAUCUGGCUGUGUAUAAAGUUCUCAGUGUAAGAGAUCACUAUAUAUAUAAUAAUAUAAUCCAGUACAAAAAAUUUAUUACUGCGACAUUAUUGACAGAAUUUCAUCACUCCAAGUCAACUACAACCAAACGGUCAUAAGAGAUUCUAUGGAUUGUUUGAACCAAUUCUGUUAUCUUCCCCAAGUGGGAAUGCAAGAUGAAGAUGCUGUUUAAAUAGCUGUGAUAACUUUCCUCUAAGAACAUAAGAACUAAUCUCAUUUGUUUGUUUCUCUUUUGCAUCCUCUUUUGUACGCGACCGACAGCUUACGUAUUAAGUAACGCUCUGGCUCUAGUUGGCCGGGUGCUAACUGAGCUGCGAGGAUUACUGCGUCCCAUUACGUGUCUAUGCAAAAGGUACAGAAAAUGUUAUGCUAUGUGACAUUAGAUCCUCAAAUUUUGUAACUAACUUUUGAGGAUAGUAGUUUGCAUUGUCAAAAUAACAGACAUUAUGGACUUUUAAAUGUAAAUAAGACUUUCUUUUGGCAUAAAUUAUUUGCAGUAAAGUUGUGCCUUAGCUAAUCAUUCAUUAAGGUAAUCCUGUUUUAUAUUAUUUAAACAUUGAAACACAGCAGUUUUCAUGCUUGAUUAAGUAGGUUAUAUUGUGUGCUUCAAUAAGUCAGUGGAACCGAUUCAUCCAUUUGAGGUUCUACGGACCGCGACUCGGAACGUAGCGUUUCGGCUCGGUCGACCAAAUUAGGAAUUUCUAGACCCGCCAGCUUGAAUUGUCUUUCGUUCCCAAGUAAUAGUGAAAUGCCGUUUACAAAUUUCACGCCAGUCUUCAUCAAGAGCUUAAUAUGUUGAAUUCUAUCACUAGUGUACAAAGUUGUAUAACCACGGCCGGCCCGAUACGUUGCAGCGGCUAUGUAAAUAUGCUUGUACAGUACAUACGUUUAGGUAUUAAGGGUGAUUACAUAUGAAGUACAUCUAGUGCAACAAUGCAUGUAUGCUUGCAAGUUCCUAUGGCACACAUGGAAGCAGUAUUAUAAUAAACUUUGAAGCUUC